UCAAACUGCGAGCUUGUAUGGAGAGGCCCGAUGCGCAACGGUGCUGUAUUUACAGAGCGCUGCUCUCGUCUCGAGGUGCGUGGCUGAUGAAGAUACCUGGAAAGUGUUGUGAAGAAUGAUCUCCUGCUGUUUCGCAUGAAGUUGCAGUUUCAAAGAGAGAGAGAGGUGGACCUGCGCGAUACCUUUCCAUUCAAAGAUGUGGGUGUUUGCAAAGAUGUGAUUGCCAGAGGUGCUGAGCUGGUGCUGCCAUCUGCACUCUCAGUCUGGUGGCAUCUACUAUGGCCUACAUAGAAGCUGGUUCACUGACACCCACACAUACUCGUCUGACCUGGAUCCAUCGCUCUGUCUCUCCAUCUGACCCACUCCGUUUCCAACACUCUUGCCCUUAAGUAGCUUUGCACAUUCAUGGGUAUUUCUGUCGCUUUGUGCCAUCAGAAUAUAUACUUACGGAUGAUUGCACAAAGAGUAUCUUUUCAAAGGCGGUAUAUUAAUUUAGAGGUUGUUUGAGAUCAAAAAAGUUUUUUGUUUUUCUUGAAGUGGGCUUUUUUUUUUUUGUAAUUUUCAGGAUUGUAUUUUUUCCGAACUUUAACAUUUGUUUUUCUUGAAGUGGGCUUUUUUAUUUUUUACUUUUUAUUUUUUUAGGAUUGUAUUUUUUUCCCAACUUGAAAAUAUUAAAAUGUUAUUUUUAGUGUGCAUUUACUAAUCAACAUGAAUCCUUUUAAAGAGCUCCUUGUAUUUGUGUAUUGUAAUUACAUUAACAGGGACACUGUAAAAUAAAGUGUUAAUCCAUCAGAUGUAUAAUCGACAAUUUAGUUAGAGCUAAAUAUCACAGCAUAUGUGUGUGCGCAGCAGGGGCUUUUUAAUUUGUGCUGACAGAUUUCAAAGGACAGCAAAAAAAAAAAAAGUGCUAUUAUGGGAGCUGCCUGCUGUGUAUUAUGUGAGGGACUGGGGGGAACGAGGGGGGAUUCGCCACCUGUCCGGGGGUCCUUGUCUGUUUAGAUGCCCUCUUACUGCUUAAAAUGUGCCAGACCUUUUUUAUGUUCUAGUUUAACAAGCAAAACAAACAAAAAGCCAUUUAUUAAAAAACGGAUUUCCUGCUGAUGUACCUGCUACACCAUGUGUUAUUGUUACAUAAAAAUUUACAAUAAUUAUGCAGUUGAAAACAGCUCAUGUGUGUUUCCAAAUUUUUUGGGGAAACCGUAGCUAGUUUUCUUGAUAUAUGUAUGCAUAAACAAGAAAGAAAAUAAAAAAUCUUCAUUAUGUCUUACCUGUCUUUAGGUUAGCAUUACUCAGGGUCUAACCAUCAUAGAAAUUAAAGGAAUAGUUCACCCAAAAAUGAAAAAUUUAUGAAAAUGUACUCCCCUUCAGACAAUACAAGAUUUAGAUGAGUUUGUUUCUUCAUCAGUAUAGAUUUGGAGAAAUUUAGCAUUUAGCAUGGGUGCUGUUAGAAUGAGAGCUGAUAAAAACAUCACAAUAAUCCACAAGUAAUCCACACAACUCCAGUCUAUCAAACAUCUUGUGCAGUGAAAAGCUGUGUGUUUAUAAGAAACAAAUCCAUCAUUUAACUUUAAACCAUUACUUCUAAAGCAAUAUUAUGGUUAGAGGACUUGAGCAAGUGUUGUAAAGUGUUGUAAAACUUGGAUGACCUGAGUGUAAACUAUUCCUUUAAGGGAAAUACAUUUCCCCUGAUAUUCGACCAUAAUUGCAGUCUUGGUUUUGUUACAGCAGUCUGUAUUAGAUUUGUUUGUCGAGUCGUCAACUGUGUGGUCAGAAGAAGAAAGAUCAGACAUGUUUGGAUAUUUGAUGAAUGAGAUCUCUUCAUUAUACGCGUGUUUGGUCUGCUCCAGACUAAUUUGAAAUGGUAAACACACAAAAAAGACAGAGACAAAGUGGGCACCGUUUCUGUGAUUAUGGCCUCAGUAAUUAUAUUGGCGACAACCGUUUAUCUUCAUCUCAUCUGUCGAGAUCUGAAUGAAUUCCAGCCUGCGCAUCCUUUCAUAAAUUUCCCCCAUAAUCAUUUUACCUCCAAUUAGCCUUAUACCAGCAACGUAUCUGUCCUUUGUUGAUUCUAUAUAAUUGUGUUAGAAGUCGCAUGAGGAAAUUAUGUUGAAAAUGAUGCUGCUGUAUCAUUUGGCCAAAUUAUCCAGCGUUCCUAAUGGCAGAGCGAACACAAUGGUGCUUAAUUAUGCCAAGGAGAGUCCAAUUUCAAGCCUCAUGCUGGUGACUAGAAUACUCUCCGGCUGUAUUUUUGUAAGGCCUGUUUGAUCACAUCUGUGCCAAAGCAAAUAUAAUCACAGAAUCGCAAAUAGCUUCCCAGGAAACCUUACUUGCAGCCUUUUAUGAAUUGUCUAAUUCAAUUUGCUGCAGGAGUCACUGAGUUCAUGUGAUAUCUAAAACAAUAUUUAGUCUUAGAGUUUUCUUCACAGUCACACUAGCCACGUGGUAACACUUUACAAUAAGGUUUUUGAGUGUUACCAUUUGUAUUCUACAAUGGAAAAAAACAUUUAAACAUUUGUUCUUUUCUAAAUAUGUGCUUUAUGACCUCAGCAGGGUUUAUUGCUGACUUUGCUGAGUCAGAACAGCCAACAAAUGCUUUUGUUUAUGUGAUAAUUAUGUCGGUUUGCAGAGAUGUGGUUGGAAUUCAAAUAUCAGAUGAUGUCACUCACAAGGCCCUUUUUCGAUCUCACGAAUAGCUGUCCGCGCUUCUGGGUAAUUAAAUAAGAUGCCUGCGGAUUCUUUUAGUAAUUAGUUCUGCCUUAAAUCUCGUCCAAAGCUGCUGCCUCAACAGGCGAAAAGCUGCCAACAUGCCACGAUGACGUAAAAGAGGGCACACAAUAAGUCAGAUUGCCAACUUAUUAAUUGAAUUCAAAAAUCGCAACAAAUUUGUGUGACCCGAAGGGGUAGUUCAUCCAAAAAUGGCAAAUGCAUCAUUGUUAACUCAUUUCAUUCCAAACCUGUAUGACUGAAAAGGAGAUGUUUAGAAUAAUGUUCACGCUGCUCUUUUCCAUAAAAUGAAAGCAAAUAGUGACCAGAGGCUGUCAGUCUCAAAAAAGGACAACAAAGCACCAUAAAAGUAGUUCAAAUGACUUAAACUAUAAAAUUUCAGAGCGAAAGUAUAGGGAAAAUUUAUGUAAACGUGAAUAACAAGCUAAAUUUUGGUCAUAUGCCUUGAAAUAUAACACAUGAACUACUUCUGUUACAUCCCGCAGGCAACAUUUUGUGUGAUAACAUGGAUUUGUUUUGUUUAAAUGUAACACGUUUUAUUAGGGAUGAAUCCAUCUAACAAAGAGGAGCAUUGAAAUCAUACACGUUUGGUUGUCUGGCUGUCUCUGUGUGUUUGAGCCCACGUCAUUGGCAGGUCUCCAGCUCUCUGCAUUAAAAAGCCGCCUCUCAUACAGCGCAGCCCCCUUCUAACCCGAGGGCAGGAUGAACGCAGGACCACACAAUCACAGUUAGCUGACAGACAACAGCUCACACACGCUCUGAUUCAUGCCUAUUUGCCUGCAUUUGCACCGUGUUCUUGUGAAUGACGUCUGCUGCGUUCACUGUCUGUGUGUCUUGCUGACGUACACUCAGUUUUCAACAUCAUUUCGCAUCAAUCUGCGUCAUUUAUGACACCAAAAAUGUGGAAAUACACUGUAGAAUUCUUUAAUAUUUAAUAUCUAUUCAUUCUUUAUGUCUUUGUAUAUUCAUUUAUAUAGCUACAAAGGGGCCACUACACUUUAUUUUUUUUCGUGACUAUUUUCUCUCUUUGAUACUUAAAGUUAAACGGGCUGUUUUUGCAACUGCAUUUUAAAGACUAUAAUGUGUAAGUUCAAUAUGUUAUGUUUUGAUACGUACAUGUAUGUUGUUAUAUGUUAAUAUGCUUAUGGUAGUGGCUUCAUACAUAUGAUUUCUGAAUUAUACACUACUGGUCAAAAGUUUGGAAUCAUUUGUUUUAUGUUUUUGAACCAUUAGCAUUUAUUUGAAAAGAAAUAUGGUAAGAACAGUAAUGUUGUGAAAUAUUAUUACAGUUCAGAACUGGUUUAUAUAUAUAUAUAUAUAUAUAUAUAUAUAUAUGUGUGUUUGUAUGUAUAUAUUUUAAAAAGUAAUUUAUUCCUGUAAUGACAAAGAUGGAUUUUCAGUUAUCAUUUCUCCUGAUACUUCAGAAAUCAUUCCAAUAUGCUGAUUUGAUGCUCAAUUAUUGUUGGUGUGCUCUCAUUUCUCCUGAAGCUUCACCACGGCCCUCACCUGCGUGCUCCACUGUUUCUCCUGCGAGUUGUCCUGGGCUGACCGGCCCUUCCUGCUCCGCCCCCGCGCUGUCUCUCCCGCCACGGUCACCAUGACGCGCUCCAAAACCUUCCAGGCCUACCUGCCAAACUGCCAUCGCACCUACAGCUGCAUUCACUGCCGAGCGCACCUGGCCAACCAUGAUGAACUCAUCUCUAAGUCUUUUCAAGGGAGUCAAGGCAGGGCCUACCUCUUCAACUCGGUGGUGAAUGUAGGCUGCGGGCCAGCAGAGGAGAGGGUACUGCUGACCGGUCUUCAUGCGGUGGCCGAUAUCUACUGUGAGAACUGUAAAACCACUCUGGGCUGGAAAUACUCGCAUAACAACAAAAUGGUGACAUUUGAUUCAUCUGAAAGGAGCAUGCCUUCGAAAGCAGUCAGAAGUACAAGGAGGGCAAAUUCAUCAUCGAGCUGGCCCACAUGAUCAAGGACAACGGGUGGGACUGAAAACCCUGGACUCCCCAAGGCCCAUAACGCUGGAAAGAGACGUGCAGCAUAUGAAUAAUUAGUUUCAUUAUCUGGCUGUAACUUCCUCCCUGGAAAUCUAUCUACCUGACACACAUCUAUAAACCGUGAGGGUGCAAGGUUCAUAGCAGCAGCGCUACCCAUUUCCUGUGUGUAUAUACAAACAAAUGUGUGCCAGCUAGACACCAAGUGUUUCUAUUAUGUGAGUAUUUUCCUAUUCAAUUCAAGGGAGUGCGUAUGUGCAAAUCGAGGCACAAAUCGACGUUUGCUUUCCUCGUGGGUUGGCCAAGGUCACAGUUUUGUCCCACACUCAGGUUUAACUAAUGGCUGGAUCCAUGGUGAAGAAGGGUGAAAGACGAACCCAUUUAGCACGGCACCUUUUAUCUCAUCUGAGGCGAAAACACUCGAACAGAAGCGUCAUCCAUUUGUUCCCCUUUUCUUUUGUGUCUUUAUUUCCUCCAGUCACUUGCAUGUUGAUUAUUUAUACGUGUAUUUAUUGAUCUGUUCGUUUUGGGGACGUUACGUUUAUGGUAAACUGAAGCAACCACAGUGGUCUUACUUUGACCUCGUAUAGCAGAAGUAGCAACGUUUGGUAGAGGUUUGUAUGCACACUUCCUCUCCAGAUUGGGAUCUGUCUCCGUUUGAAUGUGAUUAUGGAGUAAAUGAGGCAUUCCUAUGCCAUUUAUAGGGCACAGGUCGCGUACAUUAGCUAGAGCCAAGUCUUUCUCCCCAGCCGCAGCUGAGAAAAGCAGCUGUCAGCUUUGAAAGGGAACUGAGGCGUUCUCACAGCCUGUGAUGUCCCCUUCGGUCUCAUUAGUUCCCGCCAUUAAAUCACAAAUCAAGUGGUAAACCAGGCUUUCUCACCACGUGUUUUGGGGAAGAAAGCGAUCGACAUGUAGUAAAUGUGGCUGCUGAACGAGGUAAUCCAGAUGGGGCUCGUAAAUAAAAAGCCUUGACGCAACCAAAGACUCUUUCAUCACCUAUGCUGACCAAACUGAGUUCGAUUUCCUGAUUUAAGGCCUGUUCACACUAAGGACAAUAACUUUACCGAUAGAUAUCAAGUUUUAAGAAUCGUUGUAAUUCUGUGAGAAUACUAGAGUCCACAACUGUAACAAUAACGACACAGAGGAACAAUAAUGAUUUUUGUUUCAGCUGACGAACGAUAAAAACAUCAAAGUUUAAAGUGAGAGACAACAUUAAAGGGUUAGUUCACCCAAAAAUGAAAAUUCUGUCAUUAAUUACUCACCCUCAUG